AUCCCAACACUCAGUCGAUACGACACCGACACCCGCAACGAACUCUCCAUCGGCCUGCUGCGCGACACCACCCACUCAGCCCUAUCACACAUUGGCGUCGUUUCAAUAUACUCUGACAUCUAUCACCGCUUCUGGGUCGUUGUUUCGACUCAAUUGAAUGGCGCAUAUGAUGUAUUCGCAGCAUCAUGCGACGAUGGCUCCUCCGCAGAAACCAGAGACCUUCAUGUUGAGCAGUGAAGCACAACAAAGUCUGCCCCAAGAUGCUCAGGUGGCGCUGCAACAAGUUGACAAUUUAAAAUACUUUUUAAUAUCUGCUCCCGUCGACUGGACCCCGGAUCAAUACAUCCGUCGAUUUCUUCUUCCCACCGGCGAAUACGUUUCUUGUGUAUUAUGGAACAAUCUCUUUCACAUCUCCGGCACCGAUAUCGUGCGAUGCCUUUCCUUCCGAUUUCAAGCCUUUGGACGACCCGUCAAGAACUCGAAGAAGUUCGAGGAGGGUAUCUUUUCAGAUCUGCGAAACCUGAAGUCCGGCACCGAUGCCUCCCUUGAAGAGCCUAAGAGUGGUUUCUUGGAUUUCCUAUACAAGAAUAACUGCAUCCGAACACAAAAGAAACAAAAGGUUUUCUACUGGUAUAGCGUACCACACGACAGACUCUUUCUCGAUGCUCUUGAGAGAGACCUGAAGAGGGAGAAGAUGGGACAAGAAGCUACUACUGUUGCAGUCAACGAGCCAGCUCUUUCAUUCGAGUUCGACUCUUCACAAUCGCUCUUCGAACAACUCACCAAGGCCCAACAAGCCAACUCAUCCUCCUUCUCCGCUCAACAACCUUCAUACUCGCAAUCCCAAUCACAAUCCACUUCACCAGUGAUGCGAGCGAUCGAUUCCAUGCCACCACCUCAAAUGAUUCCCCAGGCAAUGGCGAUGCCAGAAGAGAUGAACCCAAUGGCGGCAUACCAACAAAUGGCAAUGGGCCCAAGUGUUGCACAACAGAUGGUGAAGAGAGAAGCAGAUUUCGGUCGUGUUCAAUACAACCAGAAUGGUGUUCCAAUUUCGCAAGCACACCAGCGUCAUGCUUCCAUGCCUGCAUACGGUCUUGAGUACUCACCCGCUCCAUCGUUUGUCUCAUCACACUACGAAGACUACAGCAAUCGUGGCAUCUCUUUCGAGCCAAUCACUCCACCGCAGCAAGCUCUUGGAAUGGGUGCUGAGCCUGCCUACAUUGCCAACGAGGAGACUGGUCUCUACACUGCUAUCCCAGACCACAUGGGUGGUGUUAACGGACUUCACGGCAUCAUGCAACUGCCCCCAUCAAACUUGACUGGUCCACAAUUUUCUCAUGCCACUCGAGGAUACGGCGCGAAUAACGUCUACUCGGUCAUUGAGGGUUCCCCGACCUACAAGCAGAGAAGGCGUCGUUCUUCCAUUCCCCCAGGAGUUGCUGCAAUGGUUGCUGCUACCGCUGCUGGUCAAGCACAAGCACACACUGCCCACCGACCUUCAGAUCUGAGACGAUCUGUUUCGACCUCGGUUGGCCCUGUUGCUGAAGGUGAUGAGUCUGGAAACAACUCACCACCUGGACUUGCCUACAGCAAUGGAAUGCAUCAACUUGCUCAACAACACAAGGACCUCAUCGACAUGUCAAGACAUGGAACUCCUCUCUCCACCGUCGAAGACAGCCCAGCCAUGAACCCAAUGGCUCUCCAACACAACGAUUACAGCCAACUCUCCAACGAGGAACUCUCAGGUGAUGGUUCCAUCCAUGACUCUCCUCAACGAAGACACAUGCAAGGACCCAAUGGAGUCAUCCGAAGAGCACGAAGUGCCACGAUGAUGGAACUCGGUCCCUACCCCCAAAAGUCACAUUCAUGUCCUAUCCCCACCUGCGGUCGCCUCUUCAAGCGUUUAGAGCAUCUCAAAAGACACGUGAGAACACAUACCCAAGAAAGACCCUACAUCUGCCCCCACUGUAACAAGGCAUUCUCCCGAUCAGACAACCUAGCACAACAUCGUCGUACCCACGACCGCAGUGACGGCUCCGAAGGCCCAUACGGCAGCUACAGCGGCGAAGAAGAAGACUACGAAGGCGAAGACCAACUCGGCUCCCUCGAAGAAGCGUCCCCGAACUCAGAAAACGGAUACCUGCCCCAACAGUUCGGCGGCAUGAAUUCGCUCGCCAUGUCCAUGUCGAUGCAGAAUUCCGGCAUGGCUGCCCCGAGUCAGUUGAUCUCUAAUCAUCAGUUGAUGCAGCAACCUAUAUAACACUUCGCUUCUGAGUGUUGGUUGUAUGGGAGGUUAGGGGGCGUUUAGACUCUUUGUCGAUCUUCUUCUUUCUUGUAUGAACUUUUUUAUUGCAUAGCCUUGCGCUGUUUUUAGUCAAUCUGUUGGGGGUUCUUUCAUGGUGCGAUGGAUGGUCGGGCUUUUUCUGAUGAGGUUACGAUGUGUUGGUUGUUCUUUUUUUCUUGGUUGGGAUCUAGGGAGGAGACGUGUGUGGUGGGAAGAGGGAAGAGGAGGGGAUUACAUACCGCUACUACCUACAAUAUCUACUUACUGUUGCUGCCAUUUUCUUGCUAUUUGCGGUUUUUUAUGUCUUGUUGUUUUUGUCGUGUUGUGAGAUGGAUGGAAGGGUGGGGUGAGACGAGACGUGCUCCCUGAUGGUGGGGUUGAGCAUGUCGGCGAGCGAGUACCGCGAGCUUAGGAUUGCGUGGG